AUGCGGAACAAACUGGCACGAUACGGAACAUAUACAAUCGGUGCGACCGAAACUCUGGAGCAAGUGAACAAGGAAUUAGACAGUCUGGAAAAAAUGGGAGUGAUUGAAAAGAUCGACUCCUCAUAUUGGGUAUCUCCAACAGAGAAUGUUAAAAAGAACAAUAAAAUUCGAGUAUGCGCAGAUUUCUCGACGGGACUAAACGAAUGUUUAAGACAGUAUAACUACCCAUUACCUAACCCAGAGAAAAUCUCGAAACUAAAUGGCGAUAAAUUGUUCUCUGGAAAACUUCUAACGAUUAAUACCGAUAAAAGUCUGUACAAAUUUAACCGGCUUCCGUUUGGCAUAAAAGUUAUUCCGGCUAUAUUACAAGUGUUGAAUGCGAUGCUUGCAUAG